AUCAUCCAAGGACCUACCAAAGACCACAAGAAAACAUGGGGAGAAUUUUCCUCACAGGAGAAAAAGCCAAUUCAGUAUUAAAACGCUACCCAAGAGCUAAUGGACUUUUUGAAGAGAUAAGGCAGGGCAAUAUUGAACGUGAAUGCAAAGAAGAAGUCUGCACAUUUGAAGAAGCAAGAGAAGCUUUUGAAAAUAAUGAAAAAACUAAGGAGUUUUGGAACACUUACACAAAAGCACAACAAGGAGAGAGUAACAGAGGAAGUGACUGGUUUCAGUUUUACCUUACCUUUCCCUUAAUCUUUGGCCUCUUCAUUAUCCUCCUUGUCAUUUUCCUAAUCUGGAGAUGCUUCCUAAGAAACAAAACUCGCAGACAGACGGUGACUGAAGGCCAUAUUCCUUUCCCUCAGCCCCUCAAUAUUAUCACUCCGCCUCCUCCACCAGAUGAAGUCUUUGAUAGCAGCGGAUUGUCGCCAGGCUUUCUGGAAUAUGUAGUUGGGCGCUCAGAUUCCGUCUCCACUCGCCUGUCCAACUGCGAUCCCCCACCGACCUACGAGGAAGCCACUGGUCAGGUGAACCUGCAGAGGAGUGAAACAGAACCUCAUUUAGAUCCACCCCCGGAGUAUGAGGACAUCAUCAACUCCAACUCAGCCAGUGCCAUUGCUAUGGUGCCUGUGGUCACCACCAUCAAAUGA